GCCCGUUUUGUCCAUCAACUGUGUCCUUAACGUGAUGCUGUUUGCAAUCUUUACGCUCUCCUUUCUUGCUAAAUCUCCGUAAGAUCAAGAUGGUGGUUGCCUUAGACUCACCGCAGCCAGUGUAUACUCUGCCCCCUCUUGAUGAUAUUCCAGAUACUGAGGAAGAUAAGCCUCGACCUGGUCUGGCCGUAAAAGAAACAGGCCUCUUGCAUCUUCCAGAGAUUAUAUUCGGAGCAGCAUCUUUCUCUUAUCAAUACAACGGUGACGACCAUUUAACAAGCACGACGCCCAUUCGUACCGUCAGAUUGGCACUGCGAUAUGGUAUUAAAGCUUUCGAUACUUCCGCUUUCUAUGGUCCAUCCGAGAUCGUACUAGGUACAGCUUUAAAGACCCUGGAACCUGAAUUUCCUCGGUCGUCUUACCGCCUGAUGACAAAAUGUGGACGUUUUGGUCCUACUGCAGCUCAUUUUGAUUAUUCACCACAGACCAUUCGGGCAAGUGUGCGACGAAGUCUAGAACGUUUGCACACGAAUUAUCUUGACACAGUUUAUCUUCAUGACGUGGAAUUCGUCUGUUCACACGUUCAGCCGCGUUCGUCAGGUAAUCAUAUGCUCGCUCUCAGCUCUGAGAAGUCAGAAUACGGUCUACUAGAGGGUCAGGAGGCAAAAGUUUGGGGACCCGGUGAUCAAAUCAUCCUUGACGCAAUCGCAGAACUUAGAAAGAUGAAGGAGGAAGGCAUUGUGAAGCAUGUCGGAAUCACAGGAUACCCCCUUCCGGUCCUUUUACGCAUCGCACUGUUGAUCUUCCACACACCACCAUUUGAGCCAUUGGACGUAUUGCUGUCCUAUUCUCAUCUCAAUCUUCAAAAUGACACGUUCACUACCUUCCUUCCUCAUUUCCGCGAUCGCGCUCGUGUCUCCCAAUUCGUCACUGCCUCCCCGAUAAACAUGGGAUUGUUAACACCCUCGCCGCCACAAUGGCAUCCUGCACCUCCUAUUGUACGAGACGCAGCUCGUAAGGCUCAUGAAACAUGCUUAGAGGAAAGCUGGCCCGGAGGAGGAUUGCCCAAUGUCGCACUAGGUUUUGCAUAUCGUAAAGCCCACGAGCAAGAUCUUCCUACUGUCGUAGGCCUAAGCAAUCCGGGUGAAGUUCACGACAAUGUCAAAAUAUGGCGAGAGUUAGUGCAAGGGAGUGCGGAGACACUCAAGGAUGGAAUGGUUGUUGAAGAUCGUAUUCUAAGUGCUUUCCAGGAAGUACAGGGUUGGUCUUGGGCUUCGCCUUAGAUCAUCGAUCAUCCAAACUAAUGUACUCAUAGCAAUUAUGUGGAAAGC